ACAACCGUGACAGACGAUAAGCACACGAAGAGCGAAGCACACGAAGAAGAAAAAGGUAACGCAAACGGGUAUCGCGGGCUCGCGGAGUUGCGCCAGUCAAUAGUAAAAGACUCUUCGAGUGUGUCUGUGUCCUCACCUAAAGCCCGGAGGUACGAAUACCGAUACGGGAACGUGACGACCACGAAGAAGAUCCAUUCGGGCCAUCUUCUGAGAACAAUACAGCCAAGUUGACCCUUAGCUCGCGGACGAGGUGCGGUGUGUAGUUGAUAUACGGAAAAGUGCACGCCUAUGACCUUUUCGUUCAGUUGACGAUUAUGGUAGUGUAUUGGACUGGUUGCUCAGGUGGAUAAUAUGGGAGGAGAAUAGUGAUUUGUGGUGUAUUUAGUGGUGCUUUUAUCAAAAAUAUCAAUCCGUCAUGAAACGAAGACUUACAACCAGCCUGCUCCUUCUAGCAGCCCUCCUCGGCGUAACAACGGCUCAAUGUCCGUGGCAACGCGAAAUGCCCGAACUCCUUUCCUCGUGUUUAUGCUCGUAUAAUCUAGGACACGAACUGUCAGUGCAAUGUGACAUAGUGGACUUCUCCAAACUCCUCGGUGCGCUCAAUAGAUUCGCCACGUCGACACCCCUAGAUCUCCUUUAUGUAAAUAAUUCCACGAUAAACGAAAUCGGCGACGAAGCUUUCAUGAAACUUAAGGUGCAUAGCAUGCAACUCUCAGGUUGUAAAAUAAGAAAAAUCAGUGAUGGUGCUUUCGCGGGCCAGGAACAAUCGCUUAGGAAUCUAAAUUUACAAGAUAACGAACUGAUUGAAGUUCCUGUUAAUAGUUUACGUAACCUAAGAAGUUUAUCUCUUCUUGAUCUUUCACAUAACAAGAUAAUUACUGUGCCAAUGAGUGCGUUCGAAAGUCUAGUGAAGUUAGCAACGCUCAAACUUUCAGAUAAUAACGUCACUCUAGACGAUGGUGCUUUAAAAGGUCUGGAGGGAUCAUUGAAAAAUCUAAAUCUUAAAGGCACGAAGCAGAAAGAAGUACCAAAGGCCAUUCAAGGUAUGAGAACGCUAGCAUUUUUAGACUUAUCUCAAAAUAUGAUCAAAGAACUGCCAGGACCUAGUGGAGAUCAGACGUUCAAAGGUUUAUUUGCCCUCACAGCGCUCAACUUAGAACGGAAUUUGAUUCAAAACUUACAUGAAAAUGCCUUUUUUGGAGUUAAGAGUACAUUAAGUUCUUUGAGCCUGCUGAACAAUUUGUUGCCUGACUUUCCUACAACCGCCAUAAGUAGCUUAAGAGAGCUAAGAGUUUUGGAUAUAGGUUUUAAUUUACUCACUGAGUUGCCGGAAAACUCUUUUAAAGGGAAUCCCUCGAUAACUUUACUGGCUUUGGAUGGUAACCCAUUGGCUACGAUACCGUUUGAAGCUUUGUCGCAUCUAAACAGUACGUUGAGAGGAUUGAGUCUGGGAGGAAGGUUUUUGCAUUGUGACUGCCGUUUAGCAUGGGUAAUAAAUUGGAUUCGCCAUGACUUACAAGUAACCAGCCGAGAGCGGAACCCUCAAUUCUGUGGAAGUCCUCCAAGGUUCAGGGACCGCAGUUUCUACAGUAUUCAACCUGAAGAACUGUCUUGCUCUGCCAGAGACAAAACUACUACCACCACCAGCACUAAACCUACCAUACAAAAGAAAAAAGAUAGCGAGGAAGAAAAACCUAAAGAACCUGUGGGGGUCGCUACCGUCAUAAGUGCGGAUUUAGACGAUUUGAUUCAAGCUAAUCCAGAACUUCUACCAUCCACAUCGACAACCACAAAGCAACCGUUCACAAAAUCUACACCUGUCCAGAGCAGCACCUCAGUAACCACUAAAGUAACAACAGUGUCAUCAACUACUACCAAAAGCACUACCAGUUCUAAGCUAAAAGCUUCGAUACCGUGGAAGAAUACCCAGAAACCACCAAUGGUACUCGCUUAUCCGGCCCGAGGAAAAGCUGAUGAAAGCAAAGAAGUGAUAGUAAAGAAUGCUUUUAGACAAGAUAGUUCUGUAAUCAUUCAGUGGGGUUCGGAAACGGCUAAUAUUCUCGGAUUUAGGGUUGUUUAUCGAUUGUUUGGAGAUAAAAGUUUUAAACAGGGACCACCUUUGGAAGCCAGCGAGAGAGAAUUUAAGAUCAAGAACGUACCAUCACAGGAAUGUAUCAUUGUCUGCGUCGUAUCUCUAGAAGAAAUCAACGUAACUCCAGACACAGUUCCUUAUUCUCAAUGCCGAGAAGUCCGAACUGUUUCCUCAGCUUCUUCGAACAUGGACAAAAUCACCAUCGCAGCUAGCGCAGCUAUCUGUGGUACCAUUGUGGUGGCGGUUAUUGUAUUUAUAGCAGCCUCCAGAAGACGAUCCAGAAAACUACAUGAACUACAUCAACAGAAGAUGGGAAUGAAGCACGGAAUACCCAUAGCUGGACUACCUGUUAAUUGUUGUACUGGUCUGCCAAAUAGUCCGGGUGAACCUCUGUCGUCGUUGGCAACACUUAGUGCUUUCAAUGCUACGAAGGAAUGGGAUCAAGUUUCUGCUUACAGCACUCACAGCCAACGACCCAGAAUGUACACAUGUGACGCGCCGCCCUCCAUUGAUGAAAUGCGGUCGCAUUUCGGACCAAAAGGACCCAAACGAUCCAACGCCGAUGGACAGUCCCAGAACAGUUUCUCCAAUCAUUCAGGAAGAUAUCUUACAGCCAGCGCGUUCCCAAAUAAUUUACUGGCUUCUAGACAAGAUUUACGACAGUCCCGCCAAUCGCUAGCCAUGCAAUCGGACCGGAUGUCGUCACGUCCCCAACACGUAGCACCAGCACACUCCAUAGUAUCAUCCAGUAGACGGUCUCGGCCAAGAUCGAGGUCACGUGAUCACCAGAGACCUAGCAGUCGCUACAGCAACGCGGGCUCAACGCACACACUCAACAACUAUUGUGAUAAUUCUGAUAACUGGACCGACCACGACAUGGACAUUUACAUGGCCAGGAAUCCCACCACAAGAAACGGAUUGGUGCCUUUGUGAGAGGAAGAAUCGACUGAAGAAGUAGUUUGAUUUUUGGAAAUUAGUAAAAUACCAAAACACAAAUGCUUAUUCAUCAUCAGCCUCUCUCGAUCAACUGCUGGACAUAGGCCUCCCCUGUUUUUCUCAAAAGUGUUCUAUCUUGUGCUUUCUUUAUCCAGUUUUUUGUUGUCUUUCGUAAGUCGUUGCCAUCGUGUUGGUGGUCUUCCUCUGCUACGUUUAUCGGCUCUUGGUCUCCGUUCAACUAGUUUGCGAGUCCAUUUUCCAUCCUUCAUUCUGGCAACGUGACCAGCCCAUUUCCAGGGCCGGAUUUAAGGGCGGGCAGGCUGGGCAGCUGCCCGGGGCCCCACAUUAUGGGGGCCCCCACAAAGCCCCAAACUUAAAAAAAUCAGCACAUUAUUCACAUAGAAUGUUUUUUGUCAAUCAAUUAACUGUAAUAUUUCGUUAUAUGGAAGGUUUCUUUCCUAUUAAAAAUGUAUUUUUUACGGUAAAAAUGUAUUUACGGUCAUAAAGCAGAAGAUAUAUUUAAGACAUUCUUGCAAGAAGAUGAUAUCGAUUUGAAAAGCUGCAGGGAACAGUCCUACGACCUACGACAAUGCGUCAGUUAUGAGUGGAAAAUACAAUGGUGUUCAGCUAAAAUUUAGAUGACACAAUAUCUUGGCGUUGUAGAUUCCAUGUGUCGCCCACUCUCUAAAUUUAGUUGCUAAAGCUGCAGCUAAGUGUUGUCCUACUGCCAUAGAAUUCUUUGAUUUCUUGGAAGGACUGUAUGAACCCUAUGUAUUUUUCACUUCCUCUUCAUAUAGAUACAACUUGUUAAUCGAAUGUUUAAAAACGUCUUUAAGCGAGAGCAACGCCGACCAUGGCAGAAAUAUUAUUGUUCUUAAAAAAGAGUAAAUACUACAAAAUUUCAAAAGAAGAUGGGCAACAAUUUGAAACUCGUAGCGAUACAAAUGGUUUGUAUAAUCGAGUGUGUUUACUGAAAACAGGGAUAUUUGCAAUAUUUUGGAAUGAAAUCUUAGAAAGGACAAACAGCACAAGUCGUAUUCUUCAAGAUCCAAAUAUUUACCUUAAUUCAGGAGUGGCGGCACUUAAAUCAAUUAAAAAAUUUAUAUUCUUUUAAGGAAUAUUUCAGAGACUGAAAUGACAACAUCAGAGAAAUUUAGGACUCAAAAUUUUAUAGCUAUUAUAGAUCACUUCAUUUCCUCUUCAAGUCAUAGGCUUUCGGCAUAUGAAUCCAUUCAUUCCAAUUUUGGAUUUUUACAUUAUUUGGAAAAUUUAACUCUCAAUGAAAUUGAAGCUCACUCACUAAAGCUUACCGAUUGAUAGCAAUGAUUUAGAUGAAAACCUAUAUGUCGAAUUGGUACAAUUUGUAGAAUUUUUUCAAUUCAUUUAAAGAGAAAAUCAGCUCAUCAAAUAUAAGUAAAGAACUUCAAAAAUGUACUGAAGGUUAAAAGAGAAAAAUGUGAAUGAUGCGGUUCCAAACGUUGUAGUGGCACUUCGUUUAUAUUUAGUUCUGGUGGUAACUAACUGCAGUGGAGAGAGAUCAUUCUAAAAAUUUAAGUUAAUUAAAAAUCGACUUCGGUCUAUGAUAGGAAAAGAGCGUUUGAACCAUCUCUUUAUAAUGAGCAUUGAACACAAUGCCUUAAAGCAACUAGACAUGCCCGACAUAAUCAAGGAAUUUUCAGUUAAAAUAUCUCGAAAAGUACCCGGACUUUAACCAUACCAUAGUCAUAACAACAAUUUGUUUAAUGGUAGGAGGUAGGGCCCCACACCAAUUCUGCCCAGGGGCCCCCACACCAAUUCUGCCCAGGGACCCCCACUGCCUUAAAUCCGGCUCUGCCCAUUUCCAUUUUAAGUUACAACUUCUUUCAAUGACGUCUAUGACUGUGGUCUUAUCUCGUUUCGAAGAACGAAGAAUGAAGAAACGGAGAAACGAAAAACCAAAAAACGAAUGAACGAAUGCUUAUUCAUACUAGCAGUCAUAUACGAAUUUCUUUUAUGUAGCUCAGUUGUGUCUGAGUUUAGCGAACCGACUAUAUCAGAUAUUUUGGAUAUCGUUGAUCUCUGAAAACUAUUAGUCGAGGAAAUGAAGCAUUUUGGCUCACAAUUUUUUCAUCCAGCAUGGAUUUACUUGAAAUUUUCACAGAAGUUGGGGAAUCGUCCAAGGAUCACUUUCUAUAUCAUGCUGCUGUACGAUAAGACCUUGGGGGUAGUUGCCGCCCCAUCUCUGGGGUGGGAAUUUUUUAUUACAUUUUAACCAUGUAAAUAAAUGUAAAAAGUGAUUUUAAGAAAAAAAGUUUUAUACAUUUUCUUCGUAAAACUAAUAUUUUUCAAGUUAUUCGUGGUUGAAAGUAACAGGUUUUCAAUCAAAAAUCGACUUUUUUAGAGGGUUAUUUGAGAAUAACUCGAAAAAUAUGCAUUUAAUAAAAAAAACGAAAAAAUAGAUAUCAAAAUUGUAUCUUUUAGUAACACAAACGAAGCUGUUUUUUAUAAUAUUUUUACUACCAAUACAAACCGAGAUACGGCAUGUUAAAAUUUAGCUUUUUUCGUCAAAUGCAUAAUUUGAAAUAAUCAAAGCCAAAUAACGGAAAAACUUUGCAUUUUUCCAGGAAAACUUACAUGAUAUUUUUUCAAGCAUACAAUAAGAUUUUUCAAGAAAAAAUAAUAAAAAGUUUCUAGCAUAAAAAUUGAGCAACUUAUGAUAAAAAAAAGUCGGUACCUAUUUUUCUCUACGAAAAAAAUAGCGAAAACAACCCCCUAACUACCCUUGUAAGUAAAAAUUGGUCUUUGUCUUUUUGCAAUUCCUUUUAUAUUUAUAUUAUCAAUACACCCAAGAAGUUUGACCUAUUUAAAAGGCCUAAUUUUAGGAAAAUUGGAGUUUAAAGAAAAAUUGAUUUUUUGCAAUUUUGCAUUUUUUAUCAUUUUCUUCAAAAUAUCUCCGAAAAUACUAGAGACACGAAAAAAAUGAUAGACUACUAAAUUGUAGCUUUUAUAAUAGUUAAAAUUUCCUUAUGUAUAGAUUUUCAUUACAGUGAACAGUUAGCGAGAUAUAGCUGUUUAAAAAAUCUAUUUACGAGCAAACAUCCCCUUAUUCGAGACCUUUAAACCCACCUCAAUUAAAAACUAAGGGAUUUUACGGAACUUAGUUUACACACUCUUAUAACUCUUCAAAAAUCCUACAAAGUCAUUUUUGAAAAAACUUUUUAUUGACAAAAAUGAAGGAGCUAUGUUUAUAAAACGAUUUUUUUUCGAAAAAUUCGCAUAGUCCGCUUAUGGAUAAUUUUGAAUGUAUGUAUAAUACCACAGAACCGGUAUGUAUAAUACCCCCUUAUUCGAGCCUUUUAAACCCACCCUAAUUAAAAACUAAGGAUCUAACGGAAUUUAAUUUACACAGUCUUAUUACUCUUCAAAAAUCCUACAAAACUAUUAUUGAAAAAACUUUUUAUCGCCAAAAAUGAAGGAGCUAUGUUUCUAAAACUAAUUUUUUUUCGAAAAAUUCGAAUAGUCCCCUUAUAGAGCAUUUUCAAUGUACCUAUAUAAUACCACAGAGCCGGUUCGUAUACUGGAUGACUAAAAAACUAUUUGUAUGUGUAUUUUUAUAUAUUUUUAAAUUCGUAUUUUUGUGUAAAUAAAUGUUUUUGUAAUUCUUUAAUUCUACUUUUUUUCUGUAUAGAUCUAUUAAAUUGUCCACUUAUAAAAAUUGCAAUGUUAUUAAGGGUGGUUUUUAAGGGUUGAAAUAUUAUGAUAUUAUAUCCUAAAACAUAAAACAAUCAUUAUUUAACCAGUCAAAACCAAAUUUUACCUGUAUUAAAGUUUACAAUGUUUUUAUAUAAUUUUUGAUAAUAAGGAUAGUUUACACCCCUAAAAAUAAUCAACGCCCUUGAGCAUGAUAUAGAAUAUGAAUACAGGGUAAGAUGAUCAUAACCCCAAAUUUUUAUGUAAAUUGAUGCAAGCCGAAAUUACUCUUUUAGGAAAAGUAAACUUGUCAUAUAUAGCUCCAACAAGGGUGGUUUUAAGGGCUGAAAUAUUGUAAUAUUACAUCUUAAAGCACAAAACAAUCAUAAUGUAUCUAAUAAGAAGCAAAUGUUGACAAUAUUAAAGUUUAAAAUGAUAUUUUAUAACUUUUUACAAUUAGGGGUGGUUUUCACCCUUAAAAAACCAAAAGCGUACAGCGGUUCAAUAUAGAAAAUGACCUAGAGGGUGAAAUGAGCCUAAUCCCAAAUUUUUGUACAAAUCGAUGCUGGACGAAAAAAUUGCGAGGUUUUACCAUUUUUCCAUCUUCAUUUCCUCGACUAUAUUUAAAGCAGUUGAUUUUUUCCGAGUGCGUAGGAUAUAAAAUAUCGAAAAUAAAUCCUGUAUAUAUUCUCUUCUUCUUUUAGUUACAUGACUUUUCCCGAUUGCUGGAUAUUAUGUUGGCUACCAUAAACACAACUUCUUUUUGGUAUAAGGAAUGUAAAUCAUUUUACAAAAAACUAUUAGAGGGUGCUGAUACUCCAUUAGUACAAUUUAAGUUUUCUCCUUGUGAUUGCGUCGUCUACAUUCGAAGUUGGCGAUGCAAAUGGCAAUUGUAGGUUUGAAAACUGCUGCACAAGAGGUUUGUGCGGCUGAGUGGUCAAAUCAUCUCCUCAGGUCUUUCAAUCCCCAGUUCUUUCUUCUUCUUACUGAUCUUUUGCCCUGUAAUUUACCUUCCAAUAUGGUUUGAAGUAUUGUAUUUUCAGUUUGAUAAUACGAUAUUAGAAAAUUUAGAGACAAAACGAAACCUGUUUUUAUACAAUGGGGCAAAAAAAACUAUAUUGUAACGGUUUAAAAUGGUAUUAUACUUCCAAAAAUCAAAUUAUGAUAUUUAGCAUACAAUCUAAGAAGAAACAGUGUAAAUAGUGUAUUGUAGGAGCAAAUGAUUUACAAAAUAUUGAUUUAAAUUAGAUUUUUAAUAAAAUUUAGAUUAGGUAAAAAUAUUUUAGUAUAUAGGAAGAAUGCUUGAAUGGAGUAAACGAUGUGUGAUUACAUGAUCUUUAAAGUUACGAUUUAAAUGAAUUUUGGAGCUCUUAAGCGGCCCCUAGACGGUCAAUAUUAACGUCAAUAUAUUGUGCAAAAUAUUGUACAAUAAUAUUAGUAGGUCGACCGGACGACCCACACGAUGCAAUAUUGUUGCACAAUAAAUUAGUUCUCCACUGAAACUGGUGCUGUCAACAUGUGGAAAAAGACAGCGAGUUGUGGGGCUAUUGCAUUAGUUAUAUCUCUGUAUGCCGGAGGUAAAGGGCACUAUGUCACAAAUUUGUAAUUUUACAGGAGAAACGCUUUAAGUUUAUUUUUGUGUUUCUUUAUUCACAGAAUAUAUGUUAAUACACAUUAUGUCACAAUCCCUUGUCUAAUUUAUUCUUCAGAUUAUUAACUUUCAAGAUUGUAUUAUUUAAAACACAUAUUGUGAUAAUAAACUUGACUUAUUUUUAAUAAAAAAAAAAAAGUAAAACACAAUGUAGUGGACAUAGUGCUGUUUACCUCUUCAAGAUCUUUUGGGUCAUGGUACUAUAGUUCAGAGAAAUAAGGAAAAAAAUAUCCUGUUGGUGACACAUCCCCCUCCAGGCCGAAACCAAAUUUUUUGAGUAGUAUGGACAUCUAUAUUAAUAACCUAUAUGUUUCCUGCAGCCGAUUUUGAUGAUAUACAUAGUUAUAAACAAAUGAAGAUCAAAAAACGAUAAAUUUUCGCUAUUUUGUCUAUAACCAAAAAGUUAAGUAUUUUCAACAAAUUUGAGAGUGAGAUACUCAUAAAUCGUAUAAAAAACUUCAAUAUGGCGUUCGCUGAAUAUGUCUAUCCUUAUUAUUUGCUUAGAAAAUUGCAAAAUAAAUCAUAAAUUUUGAGUUUUUAUAAAUAUUCAUAACUUAUGUAAAAAUGAACUUAGAACGUUCUUAUUACACGGAAUGAUGAGACUUAUGGUGCUUAAAUCAUACCCUAAAUUUCAAAGCAAUUAGUCAAAUAGUUUAAAAGGUAUUUAAUUUGUUUAUCCCAAAUUAAUUUUUUUUGCAACUCUAUAAGUCAGCAAAUGAUGAAGUUAUACUAAUACUUUGGAUAGUUUAUGAAAGAAGAAAAUUUAUACUAUUAAUUUAAUUAAAAAAAAUUACAACAAAUAAUUCUAAAUAUUGCAAAAUUAUUUUGCAAAAACAUGUGAAUUAAAAAAGGGGGGGCUAACUUCGUCCCUAAUUGUCCUAGGACAAUUGUUUUUCUUUCUAAAUGUGUAUAAAAAUUCAGUCUUUCUAAAUAUGGAAAAAUAAUUUUUCUACGGGUAACGGUUAAAAAGUUAUUCUAAUUGUUUAUAAGUUAGCCAAAAAUCGACGUGUUUUUGCAAAAUAAUUUUACACUGUUUAAAAUUACUUUUUGUAUUUUUUUUUAAAAUUAAGUCAAUAGCAUAAAUGUUCUUCUUCCAUAAACUGUCAGGAGUCUUACUGUAACCUCAUAAUUUUCUGACUUACAGUGUUUCAAAAAAAAUUUAUUUGGGAUAAACAAAUUAAAUAACUUUUAAACUAUUUGACCCAUUGCUUUGAAAUUUAAAAUAUAAUUUAAGCACCAGAAGUCUUAGCAAUUCGUGUAAUAAGAAGGUUCUAAGUUAAUUUUUACAUAAGUUAUGAAUAUUUAUAAAAACUCAAAAUUUAUGAUUUAUUUUGCAAUUUUCUAAGCAACCAAUAAGGAUAGACAUAUUCAGCGAACGCCAUAUUGAAAUUUUUUAGACGAUUUAUGAGUUUCUUACUCUCAAAUUUGUUUAAACUGCUUAAUUUUUUGGUUAUAGACGAAAAAAGCGAAAAUUUACCGUUUUUUGAUCUUCAUUUGUUUAUAACUAUGUAUGUAUAUCAUCAAAAUCGGCUGCAGGAAACAUAAAGGUUAAUAAUAUAGAUGUCCAUACUACUCAAAAAAUUUGGUUUCGGUCUGGAGGGGGAUGUGUCACGAGAAAAAUCUUAUUUCUCUGGACUACUAGAUGUUUACUAAAAAUGCAGUAUACAAUGUUAAACUUUAAUGUGUUUACCCUUCAUGACAAGCAUUACAGGGUAAAGUGUAAUACUUUACCCUGCUUGUUUAAUACUGGAUUUAUAAAGCAUUGUACACAUAGGUAUAGGGUUUAAUGUCCAUAUGGUGCCCUAUCCUCUGAACAAAAUGUGACAUGACACUUUUUAUAAAAUGUCUAUCUUUGUUAUUUUAUAAAGUAGGACAUAGUGCUCUAUACCUCUGUGUGGAGAAUUAAAAGCUCAUUAUAACUGCAGUAUAAUCCCAAUAUUGACAAAAAUGCACCUAGUGUCUUUUACCUUCGGCAUACACAUCUAUAAAAACGACGAAGGAAAAUAAACGCAGGUGGAUGGAGGAAUAGUUUAAGAAAGGGAUAAGUAUAAGUACUCAUGAAAAUUUAUUAAAUGAUUGAAGAAUUACUGAACAAAGUGAUUUUCAAAACUUUCUGCAUCUAGAUAAUAUUCUUUAUAUUUUCGAAGCAAUUGAUCGUACUGUUCAUUUUUUUAAAUUAGGUUACUAUAGUCUUUAGUCUUGACAUUCCACAAAGCGGGUCACGACCGAUACACAUCGAUCCACUUUAUAAUUAAACUUUUUUUCUUGCUAUUUUCCUUUGGCAACCAUAUUUUUAACUGCACCACGACAGCGCAAGAGUGAUAAAACACGAAUGAACCAAUAUUGCGCAAUAUAGGCCACAGACGCUUCAAUAUUAGUAUAUUUCACAAUAAAAAUCAAAGUCCUGUUGAUUGACGCAAUAUAUUGCGCAAUCGUUCCAUGUGAUCUACAGACGAUGUACAAUAUUAAAUAUUGUGCAAUAUAUUGACAAAAAUAUUGAGCAUCUAGGGGCCGCUUUAGAGCCAUAGUCAGUGUUGUUUGAAUAACCCGUGUCCCACAUACCGAUUGUUCAAACAAGACCUGGUCCAAAACCGGAAAAUGAAAAAUUGAUAAAGUUAGUUAUAAUAAUAAAGCCAUCUUAAGACAUUAAAGGGCGCCACUGUUAGGUAUAGUUAAGAUGAUUUUUUUCGUGACCAGACACCUCGUAACGCGACAGUUCGUAAUCGGACAAUUGGUAAUGGACAAUUCGUAACAGCGACAGUUUGUAACGGCGACACUUGGUAACGGCGACAGUUCGUAACUAUACAAAUUCGUAACGGACAAUUCAUAACGUCCAAAUUGAAUUAUUCUGUUUAUUUUUGUUAACGUGGAAAGUAACUGUUAUUACAGUUAUAAUUGAAAUUAUGUUUAUCAAUUUAACGAAUCAGUACGGGGAUAAACAUGUUUAACAAAUUUUAUAUUCGUGUUUCAGUGUGUAUUAAAAGUCUUUACAAAUAUUUAAAUACAUACAAACUUUUAACAAUAUUCUUAAUAGGUUAUUCCUCUUAUUGUUCCUAAAUUGUUUCUUAAAUUUGCAUAUGCCUAGACAAAGGUAUAAUGAAGUACUUAAUUCCUGAAAUCUUUAAUCUGACAACCGUCUCUAGACAUUCCAAACUUUUUAAAUAAACAUUUUGUAAAGGAAAGAUUAUAAUUGCUUGUUAUUAUAAUAAAUUUUGUGAUUGGUAAUAGCUUUAGGGCAUUCAAUCAACGGUUAUAGUUGAUAAGAGGGAUGGCUUGUAAUACUUUAAUACUUGGUUUAAAUACUUUUAUUAUAUUCUGAAACACGAAAUAUGAAAUGCCUUAAAAAUGUUUAUCCUGAUACUGAUUCGUUAAAUUGAUAAACAUAAUUCCAUUUAAAACUGUAAUAACAGUUAGUUUCAAAGUUAACAACAAUAAACAGAAUAAUUUAAUUUGAACCGAUUUUUUUAGUGCAAACAAGUAAUUGGACUUCGUAAGUCCUAGGUUUUCACCCAAAGUAAUCGUCAGUAGAACUGUAAUUCGAUAUUUGAACUCUUCGUGUAACUUUGCGUCGAUGGAUAUACGAUUUGACUAAUUUUGAGUCAUUUUUACUAAACUUUGGGUUAUCAUUGUCACAGAAAUGACUUCAAAACCGGAACUAAAUAUUGAAACUCAACUUUUCAAUACGCUUCGAUUGAUGUGUUACAUGUACUAUUUCUGCGACUAUAACGGCACUUCUGGUUAGAACUUUUUAACCGGAAAUGAUAUAAAAACCAAAACUUUAUAUUUGUUCUCAUCUUGCUAAGGCACGUCAAAUGAUAUAUCGCUUACACUAUUUCGGAGACUUUAAAACAGUACCUAUGAUUGUAACUCUAAAAUCGGAAGUCAGAUGUAAAGUUUCUCAUCUUUAAUACCAUCCUUGGGUUUUAAGCUUUCAUUCGACACAUCAUUUGUCAUUCUGUCUGUAUUAAUAACGGAGGAGUUUUAUUCGCGGACGGACUGACAAACAGUCAUGAAACCGAAAGUAUAUAUUUGUUCUCGACUAAUAUAUCACUUGCACUAUUCCGGUGCCGUUAAAAUAAUACUUCUUGUCGUAUUUCUAAAACCGCAAGUCCUAGGUCAAAUUGUUCAUCUUUAGUACCAUCCUUGGAUUAUAAGCUUUCAUUUGACACCUCAUUUGUCAUUCUACCUGGUAUAAUGACGGAGGAGUUAUAUUCGCGGUCGGACGUACAGACGGACAGACAGCCUAGGUCAAAUUUAUCACCUUUAGUACCAUCCUUGGAAUAUAAGCGUUCAUUUGGCACCUCACUUGUCAUUCUACCUGGAAUAAUAACGGAUCAAUUAUAUUCGCAGUCGGGCGGACAGACAGCCUAGGUCAAAUGUCUCACCUUUAAUACCAUCCUUGGAUUAUAAGCUUUCAUUUGACACCUCAUUUGUCAUUCUACCUGGUAUAAUGACGGAGGAGUUAUAUUCGCGGUCGGAAGUACAGACGGACAGACAGCCUAGGUCAAAUUUGUCACCUUUAGUACCAUCUUUGGAAUAUAAGCGUUCAUUUGACACCUCACUUGUCAUUCUACCUGGAAUAAUAACGGAAGAAUUAUAUUCGCGGUCGGGCGGACAGACAGCCUAGGUCAAAUUUCUCAGCUUUAAUACCAUCCUUGGAUUAUAAGCUUUCAUUUGACACCUCAUUUGUCAUUAUACCUGGUAUAAUGACAGAGGAGUUGUGUUCACAGACAGACAGACGGACGGACAGACGGACAAAAUAUGAAAAUUUGCAUAUUUCCGACAAGUAUAUUCGUCCUAUACUAAAUUGUUUUCCGAUAUACUUAGUUGUUAGAGAUUGUAUUUUUUUAAACAGUUGUAACCAACCGAACAGUGACGUUAGAAAACAGAAAAUUUUAAAAUUACUUCUCUUGGCAUUGUUGUCUUUGGCAAAUUAAAUCGACCAGUUAAAAAUAUUGAAGUAGGGCUACAGUUGAAGGUUGGAUUGAAGAGGCGAGUGAAGGUGAAUUGAGUUUGUUAAGUUUUAAAAUAUUGAAUGCUAAAAUUUGUAUAGUGCAAAUGUUUUUGGCUUUGAUUUUUAAAUUUUUUACAAUUAUUUCUUCUUUUUCGGUCUAUACAGACCUUAUAGCAUUACUGUAGAAAUGUAUGACAUGUAGCUUUGCUGAGAAGUUACAAUGGCUUAUAGUUAUAAAAAGUCUAUAAAACACUAAUUUUAAACCUGCUGGAUAGGUAUGUCUCUAGUAAUUAUUAGAUCAAAUGUGAAAAAGUUUUCUUCCACUCAUCUCUUCAAUAAUGAAUACAAGUCACUUGAAAAAAAAUUACGGACAGUGUUUGUAAUUGCUCAAAGAGACUAUUACUAUCAUAGAAGAUGUAAAUAAAGUUGUGCGUGCAUUUACUAAUAAUAUAGAUUAGAAAAUCCCGAUGCUGUUAAGUACUGUAAGUGUCUCUUAUUUAUUGUUUAAAUUUUUGUACAUAUAUUUUUCUACACAAAUAAAAUUACAAAAUUUAAA